AUGAUAACUUUUUGGCAUAUCUGUAGUAUAAAUAAGAAAAUCAGAGAGAUUGUUAGACAGGCAUCCACCUUGAUCCACCAUAUAGUUGUCCAGAACUUCAUUAGGUUUCAGGACAUAAAAUUUAACAGAGUGUUUCAGAAGAUACACUUAGUCCAUCAGAAGAAACUGAGAAAACUGUCAUCGUCACAAUCUGUGGUCAAGAUAGGAGAGAAUCAUGAUUGGAUAUAUAACACAACGAAUGUCACCCUGCCAGAAGAAGUUGGUGCCAUACUAGCAAUGGGUCCUAAGUUCAUCACUCCUUUCAAUCCUGACAAAGUACGUUUUUUUAGUUUACUAAAGGAUGUUGAAUGUAUAAUCGGUGAAAGAAUACCGGAGGUGGAUAGAGAAGAGAAUAGAGCUCUUUGCACUAAUGCCAUCACUAAUUUUAUGAAUAAGUCAUCCUUUGGAAGAUAUGAAAGACCAAUAGAUGGUGAAAUUCGAAGAAAACUGAAAAGCACAAAAAUAUUCCUUAAGAACAAUCCAGAGAUCAUGGUCACUCGAGCUGACAAAGGUAACCGUACAGUACUGUUGAUGAAUCCAGAGUAUUUAGACAAGAUGAUCAAGCUAGUUCAAGAUGCUGACACAUAUAAAUUAUUGAAAGGUGAUCCUACACCAUCACUACAGAGAGAAGCCAACAAAAUAGUUCUCUUACUGUUUAAAGAAGGCUACAUUUCAGAGUCAGAGAAGAAUCGACUCGUCAAAUACAACUGUAUACCACCAAAGUUGUAUGGACUAUGUAAAAAACAUAAGAGUGGCAUGCCGUUGAGACCAAUGGCUUCCUGUUUAGAUUCACCAGGAUAUAAUAUAGCCAAAUUCAUCCAUGAAAUUCUCAACCAGUUGACUCCAACUUUUUCACACAAUAUUAAAAAUUCAGAAGAACUUAUAGAAAAACUGAAAGACAUAUCAGUACCACAAGACUAUUGUCUUGUCUCGUUUGAUGUGGAAAGUCUGUUUACAAACAUAAAACAGCCUCUUGUUGAGCAGCUUAUCUCAGAUAACUGGGAUAAUAUACAGCCUUUUACUCAGUUGGACCUCAAUAACUUUUUGGAACUGGUGAAGUUCAGUUUCCGUAGUGGCUAUGUGAUGUUCUUGGACCAAUUUUACGAACAGGUUUCAGGAUGCUCAAUGGGAUCGCCCAGCUCACCCAAAUAUGCAGAUAUGGUGAUGGAUUAUGUUCUGUGUGAGGUGGUAAGAAUAUCUGGUAUAGACCUUUUAAUCUUGUGCUCGUACGUAGACGAUGUUUUUGCCGUGAUAAAGAAGAGUUCAAUCAACCGUGUUCUUGAUGUUUUCAAUGCUAUUGACCCACAUUUGAAGUUCACUUGUGAACUCGAGGAUGAAGACUCAUUCUCCUUACCAUUUCUGGACGAGAGUGUUAACAGCAGAUUUAGUUAA